AUGCCAUUCUACGGGCGUGCCCAGGGUUAUGUCAGUUGUUCUGAGGUCCUGGGCGAUUCCCCCUCCCCACCCACGGCUAUGUUCAUCACUGCCGCUGCACCCAAGAACACCUGCUGCCCCCACAGUGGGGCUGCCCCCAUAGAAACCAACAUUCCAUCGGUUGGACCCUUGCCCUCAGCCAGCCACCCAAGACUCGAUGCUCAGGUCGCCAUGGAUCGGAUGAAGAAGAUCAAACGGCAGCUGUCGAUGACACUCCGAGGGGGCCGAAGUGUAGACAAGACCAACAGUGCCCCUGAACAGAUCGGCCUGGACGAGAGUGGCGGUGGAGGUAGCAGUGACCUUGGCGAGGCCCCCACCCGCGCUGCCCCAGGGGAACCUUGCUCCGGGCGGGGACUGCUCAGCUCUGCGCCAGAGAUUGUGCACGAGGACUUGAAGAUGGGGUCUGACUUGAAGAUGGGGUCCGAUGGGGAAAGCGACCAGGCUUCAGCCACAUCCUCAGAUGAGGUGCAGUCACCAGUGAGGGUGCGCAUGCGCAACCAUCCUCCUCGCAAGAUCUCCACUGAGGACAUCAACAAGCGCCUCUCACUCCCGGCGGACAUCCGGCUGCCCGAGGGCUACCUUGAGAAGCUGACCCUCAAUAGCCCCAUCUUUGACAAGCCCCUCAGCCGCCGCCUCCGCCGUGUCAGCUUGUCUGAGAUUGGUUUUGGGAAACUGGAGACCUACAUCAAGCUGGACAAGCUGGGAGAGGGCACCUAUGCCACCGUUUACAAAGGCAAAAGCAAGCUCACAGACAACCUCGUGGCGCUCAAGGAGAUCAGACUGGAGCAUGAAGAGGGCGCGCCCUGCACCGCCAUCCGAGAAGUGUCCCUGCUUAAGGACCUCAAACAUGCCAACAUCGUCACGCUCCAUGACAUUAUCCACACGGAGAAGUCCCUCACCCUUGUCUUCGAGUACCUGGACAAGGACCUGAAGCAGUACCUGGAUGACUGUGGGAACAUCAUCAACAUGCACAACGUGAAACUGUUCCUGUUCCAGCUGCUCCGCGGCCUGGCCUACUGCCACCGGCAGAAGGUGCUACACCGAGACCUCAAGCCCCAGAACUUACUCAUCAACGAGAGAGGAGAGCUCAAACUGGCUGAUUUUGGUCUGGCCCGGGCCAAGUCAAUUCCAACGAAGACCUACUCCAACGAGGUGGUGACCCUGUGGUACCGGCCCCCCGACAUCCUGCUCGGGUCCACAGACUACUCCACCCAGAUUGACAUGUGGGGCGUGGGCUGCAUAUUCUACGAGAUGGCCACAGGCCGCCCCCUCUUCCCAGGCUCCACUGUGGAGGAGCAGCUGCACUUCAUCUUCCGCAUCUUGGGAACUCCAACCGAGGAGACCUGGCCGGGCAUCCAAUCCAAUGAAGAGUUCAAGACACACAACUACCCCAAGUACCGUGCCGAGGCCCUUCUGAGCCAUGCGCCACGACUUGAUAGCGAUGGGGCUGAUCUCCUCACCAAGCUGCUGCAGUUUGAAGGUCGCAAUCGGAUCUCUGCAGACGAUGCCAUGAAACACCCGUUCUUCCUCAGUCUGGGGGAGCGAAUCCACAAACUUCCUGACACUACUUCCAUAUUUGCACUAAAGGAGAUCCAGCUACAAAAGGAGGCCAACCUUCGCUCUUCGUCGAUGCCUGACUCAGUAGCCGGCGGACAGCAUGGCCGCGCCAGCCUCCCACACUGA